UCUUCUUAUUCAAGGCGGUGGCAAAUUACCGACUUCGUACGGCUGAAACUAGAUUCUCGAAGAAGAAAAACAACGAAAUCCCAAGCGUCCCUUUGUCCUUCCUUCUCUUGUAUAUGUAUUCUGAUUCUCCUUUGAUUCUGCUUCCAGUUCUUAAUUCUCCUCUGAAAAUUUCCCCUGUUUUUUCUCUUCUACUUUCUUUUUACGGCAUUUUCUUGGCUUUGUUUGUUUGAUUUUGGACCCGAUAAUUACCUCAAAUUCUCAAUCUAAUCAAAUCCCAGAAAACCCAGAAAGAAUCUUGAAGAAUUUCGGAUAUGAAUCCGUUUUUUCUGGUAAAAGAGGAGUACCCGGGUUUCAGUUCCUCACAGUACCAGGAUGACCCAUCAUCAGGGGUGCCGCCGUCGCCGCAGCCGCAACCCAAGGAGGGUCUCCACGACACAGGACCACCUCCAUUCCUGACCAAGACUUUUGACAUGGUGGAUGAUCCCAACACCAACCUCAUAGUUUCAUGGAGCAGAGGCGGCUCCAGCUUCAUCAUCUGGGAUCCUCACGCCUUCUCCACCAAUCUACUCCCUCGCUUCUUCAAGCACAAUAACUUCUCCAGUUUCGUUCGACAGCUCAAUACAUAUGGGUUUAGAAAGAUUGAUCCAGAUAGAUGGGAGUUUGCCAAUGAAGGGUUUCUCAUGGGGCAGAGGCAGCUGUUGAAGAACAUAAGGAGAAGGAAGCCUCCCUCACAACCUAUUCUUCCCCAACAGGCUAUUGAUGCUUGUGUUGAAGUUGGCCGGUUUGGUCUAGAAGGAGAAGUAAAUCGUUUGCAGCGGGAUAAGCAGGUUCUGAUGAUGGAAUUGGUGAAGUUAAGGCAGCAGCAGCAGAGCACAAGAGCCUAUCUUCAGGCAAUGGAGGAAAGAUUGCAAGGAACAGAAAAGAAGCAGCGGCAAAUGAUGUCUUUCUUGGCUAGGGCAAUGCAGAAUCCGAUGUUUCUGCAGCAGUUGAUGCAGCACAAGGAGAAAAGGAAGGAGUUUGAGGAAGCCAUAAGUAAGAAAAGGAGGAGACCGAUUGAUCAAGGACCCACUGAUGUUGGCUGUGGUGAGUCCAGCCAGAGUAGUCAUCAGGCUAGGAAUCCUGUUAAGGUAAAACCUUUAGAAUUUGACAAUUAUGGAUAUGAAGUGUCGGAGUUGGAGGUACUCGCACUGGAAAUGCAGGGCUAUGGUAGGGCAGGGAGAGAGCAAGAGGGUCCAUCAAAAAGUCAUGACAAAGAACUUGAUGAAGGAUUUUGGGAGGAAUUGUUGAAUGAGAGGUUUGAAGGGGAGUUGAAUAUACCCGGAUCAACUGAAGAUGAAGGUGAAGAUGAAGAUGUAGACAUAUUAGCUGAUCGGUUGGGUUAUUUGGGUUCAAGUAGUCCCAAACAAAGAAAGUGAAUCCCCUAAUGCCCUUUUGCUUCACCAAUCAUCUCACUGAGGGGAAAGCUUCUACACUUUCAGUCUAAUUAGCAUUAAAUAGCAUCUUAAUCUAUGCAAAAUGGGGUUCUUCAUAUGCCAUCACGCUACGAUCUUAAUUGACAUUGAUUUCUUGUUGUUGGCAGGAGGGAAGCAACAGUUUAUCCACGGAUGUUCCCGGUGUCUCUAACCUUGUUUUCCAUUCUAUUUUUGCUUAUAUGAAUCUAUUAAUCCUUCUAUGCUUUGGUUAGGUUGCAGCAGUAGUAGAUAUUUGUCUGAGUUAGUCAUCAAACUCGUCAUAUGUCUCAAGGUUGUUGUUUUUCACUUCAAAAAAAAAAAAAAAUCCCCUCCAUUGUACCUUGUAGAAUGCAUUUAUGAUCUGGAACUAAUAUAUCCAUCUCUCGUUGUAAUUUCAUUUUGUGGCUAUAGAUGAGUGUAGAUUGUCCUGAAGCAGUUGAAAUGUGGACAAAGAUGUAGCUGCAAGCUGCAGGAACUACAACUGCAAUGUUGCUAUAUUUUUUUCAUGAGGACGGUGUACUCUGAGUUUCUAAGUCGGUUCUAAUGCUGUGCAGCAGUUUAGUUGAUUUCUUGAAGCAUUUUAAAAAAAAUUCAUAUGGAGGACUUGGAAAAACUCCUCUUCCAAGACCCUUAAGAGAAGAUUUGCUAUUAUAAACCCUCCUAUUCCUAUAUAUAUGUAAUGGAGAAAAAAACUUGAUUAUUAUUG